UCAGGUAACAGGUGGCAACAGUGUCGGACUCAAAACGUCAAAAAUUUUAUCAAAAAAUUUCUCAAGUAACAUUUAUUUCUCAGUCAAGCCCCAAUAAACAUACGAGUUUUUUGUACUAUGUAAAUCCUCCGUUAAAAAUUAUUUUUUUAUCCUUCAUAAAAUUAGCAUGACAAUUACAUAACAUUUAGGUUUUGUUUAUUUUUUCUUCCUAAAAUCAUGCUUUAAAAUGGAUGAGGUUCUAUUUCGAGGCUCACAAAAGAUCGAAAAUUUCCAGGUGCAACUCAGUUUAGCUGCAAUUCAUAGUAAAGAAGUCUUUCAUCAGUAUUCCCAACAAAGUAAGACUGCUAUUUUACAAGCAUGGAACAGUUCUUACACACAACAAGCCAAAGCAGGUUUACGCGAAUUGUGGCAAUAUUUCGUCAAUUUAGGAGACAGAGUUCAAACAAACCUUUUGGAGCACCUUGACCCCGAAAAACUCUACUACAAUUUAGUCAAAGUGUUUUGGAAAAAAUGGACAAAGAGAGACUUUUGUUUUCUUUGUGCAGGUUUCAUUUGUGGAAGCAUUGUAGGGGUGGUUUUUGCAAUGUCCAUCAAGAAAAAGGGGCCAAUCAUACGGUACAUGCAAGCAGUCCAAUGUACAAAUUAUUUAGGUAUUGAGUCAGCUACUGUUGUGGAAACUGCAAGAGCCCCCGAUGUUUGUAACGACAACGAUGUCAUAAUUAACGUAAAGGCAGCCUCAAUUCAUGAAAUUGAUGCACAAAUUUGUAACGGUUACGGCAGGACGUUGCGUAAAAUCCUCCAAAAAAUAUACAAGCACUCAAAAAAGAGAUUACCGGUGACUUUAGGGCGUGAUUGCAGUGGGAUUAUCACAGACAUAGGCUCAAAUGUAAAAAGAUUAGAAAUAGGGGAUGAAGUCUGGCUGACUGUGCCAUUUUGGGAUGAAGGAACUCUCUCCCAAAGUGUGAUUGUUCCAGAAUUUAGGAUAGGUCGUAAGCCAAAAAAUAUAGGGUAUGAAGGUGCUUGUAGUCUUCCAUAUGCAGGAACUGUGGCAUUAAAUGCACUUAAAGAAGUUGACAUUAGUGAAGAAAAUGCACAAUAUAAGAAGGUUUUAAUUAUAGGGGGAUGCACCCCCGUAGGAUGCGUUUUGAUCCAGAUUUUAGCCCACUGGAAUGCUAAUAUUACCACGACUUGUACCAAAAGAGCAAUGCCAGUGGCUAAGGCCCUAGGAGCUGACGAUAUUAUAAUUUUUCCAGAGGAAAUAACCGAAAAAUCUCACGAAUGUGUAGCAACAUUUUUGAAAGAACUCGAAUUACGCGAUAAAUUUGAUUGUAUCAUAAUGACGAAAAACUGCGAUUUGAAAAUAAAAGAAAUCGAUUUUGUUUCGAAAAUGGGGGUUGUGUCGACACUGCCGGAAGAACGCUAUUCUGAUUCUUGUGGAUUCUUUGGGGAGGCUUUAUUGGGCACUUACAUUUAUCUGAAAUCAUUAAUAGAAAAAAUUUUGGGGGUUACUUUGAAUGAUUACGAUGAAGGCCAUAUGUGUUAUGUAACUUUGGAUGAAUUGUCUGAAAUGGUUGAAAGUGGGUUUCUUCAGACAGUGGUUGACAAAGUUUUUCAUCCACAAGAUAUUGAGAUUGCCUUGAAUCAUAUCCAGUCACAUGAUUCGAUAGGCAGCACUGUUAUCACUUUUAGAUAAAAAUUUUAGACAAUUUGGAGCUAAUUAGUACAAAGUAAUAAAGUGGUAAUAACUGUCGUAAAUCAAAUUUUAGUAUGACAUACAUUAUGAAUUAACAUUUCCUACUAAACUGUGCCUUUUUGUACUGCCAGUAAUAAUUUAUUUAUUACUUAUUGUUUAUAAAUGGAUGUAAUAAAUGAUUGGUUAGCAAUGUUAA